ACUACUUCAUCAUCAACGUCGUCUACAUCGUCAGCAACAACAUCAAGUACUUCAUCAUCAACAUCAACAACAACAUCAUUCACGUCGUCUACUACUUCAUCAUCCACGUCGUCAACAACAACAGCCGGUCAGCUGCAAUACGUUUCUUAAUCUAACUACUUACUCGGUUGGUGUUAACCCAGUAUCAGUAGCAGUCGUCGAUGUGAAUAGCGACAAUAAACCCGAUAUUGUUGUUGCAAACUUCGAUUCGAAUAACGUCGGUGUACUUCUCAACACGGGCAGCGGCACCUUUAAUGCUCAAACUACUUACUCGGUUGGCACUGGUCCACAGUCGGUAGCAGUCGUCGAUGUCAAUAACGACAAUAAACCUGAUAUUGUUGUUGCAUGCUGGAAUUCGGGCAACGUCGGUGUUCUUCUCAACGCAGGCAGUGGCAUCUUUAAUACUCAAACUGCGUAUUCAGUUAAUAAUUACCCAUUUUUAGUAGCAGUCGUCGAUGUGAACAACGACAAUAGAUCCGAUAUUGUUGUUGUAAGUUAUGGUUUAGAUACCGUCGGUGUUCUUCUCAACACAGGCAACGGCACCUUUAAUCCUCAAACUACUUACGUAGUUGGACAUAAUCCACGAUCCGUAGCAGUCAUCGAUGUAAAUAGUGAUAAUAAACCUGAUAUUAUUGUUGCAAACGGUGGUUCAAAUACCACCGGCGUUCUUCUCAACAGAGGCAACGGCACCUUUAAUCCUCAAAGUACUUACGCACUUGGCGGUAUGCCAACAUCAGUAGCA